CUUUGGAACUAAAAUUAAUUUAUUUCAAAAUGUCAGUAUUUCAGUCUGUCAAGUAAGUUAUUAAAAAUUACUUUUCUCAUUUUUUCUUUCUAUUUUCUCCCAUUUUAAGGUUUAAAGUAGUCAGAAUUCUAACAAAAACAUUGGGGUAGGACAGACAUCUAUGAAGAAAAGAGAGAUGGAUACAAUGAGGUUGUCAGAGAGAGAGAACAGUUAACUUCUGUUUUUUUUUUCAAUCUCCCAAACCUAUCUAUUCUAGAACAUCUUUCCUCCAGUAGAGCAUGUCCUCAAAUAUGAUACCCAGGAUAGUAAGAGGAAUUGUUUGAAAUAAAACUGGUUCCUAGUGAAAUAUGUUUUGGAAAUUGAUGUCCAUUUACCAAGUCUUACUUGCUGGGAUCUUCUUAAACUCCUUAGUGUAUAUUGUAGAUUUCCUAAGUGGCUAUGUAGUGUGUGGCAUUGCUCAAACAUGUUUGACCAUAGAGUAUUGUUUUGGUGAGGGCCAUGCUUUAGAAACAUACAUUUAAGAACCCUGGGGAUGACUGAUGCUCUGGCUGAGGAACAGGCAACCAGUUCACCCAACUUGUAGAAGUGGCUUUGCUCAGGAGCAGGGAUUCCUACAAUGGAGGCAUAGAGACUAAGGCUGAGAGAUGCCCGAUAUUUAUUCCAGAGACGUAUACGAGUGAGCGAGUGGUCCAUUCCUGUUCCUCUUCAGCCCCUGGGCCUGCAGGACUAACUUCAAAGACCAGCUGGUUUGUAAAUAUUUGGAUCACAUUAUGGGAUUGCUAGACAGACUAUCAGGCUUGCUUGGCCUAAAGAAGGAGGAGGUUCAUGUUUUGUGCCUUGGUCUGGAUAAUAGCGCGAAAACAACAAUCAUUAACAAACUUAAACCUUCAAAUGCUCAAUCACAAGAUAUAGUUCCAACCAUAGGAUUCAGCAUAGAGAAAUUCAAAUCAUCCAGUUUGUCUUUUACAGUGUUUGACAUGUCAGGUCAAGGAAGAUACAGAAAUCUCUGGGCACACUAUUAUAAAGAAGGACAAGCCAUUAUUUUUGUCAUUGAUAGUAGCGAUAGGUUGAGAAUGGUUGUGGCCAAAGAAGAACUUGAUACUCUGCUGAACCAUCCAGAUAUUAAGCACCGCCGAAUACCAAUCUUACUCUUUGCAAACAAAAUGGAUCUUAGAGAUGCAGUGACAUCUGUAAAAGUGUCUCAGCUGCUGUGUGUAGAGAACAGCAAAGAACCAUGGCCUAUUUGUGCUAGUGAAGCCAUAAAAGGAGAAGGAUUGCAAGAAGGUGUAGACUGGCUUCAAGAAUUCUGAAAUUUCCCAGCAUGAUAAACAAGAAAGCCUCUGGUUGGGCGCCUGGGUGGCUCAGAUGGUUAAGCGUCUGCCUUCGGCUCAGGUCAUGAUCUCAGGGUCCUGGGAUCGAGUCCCGCAUCAGGUUUCCUGCUCCUUGGGAGCCUGCUUCUCCCUCUGCCUCUCUCUCUCUCUCUC